GGAAAUGCAUUAAUUUCGAGGGGAAAAAAAAAACAAAAAAAUUCGUAAAAGGAGGCGAUAGGCUUUGGUAGUACAAAAAUGUAUAGUUUAAUGGCAUCGACAACAUUUUGUUCAAUCUCAAUCUUGCCCUCGCAAAAUCAAAUUUUGUCCUUGGUCUCCUUCUCACCGUCUCUCCUCCUAGUUUCUCGGAUCCGCCGGAGACCGGAAACUCUCAUUUCCGGGUGGUCGCUCAGAGGAAGAGCUCGUAUCAAAGCCCGCCGGCGUAACCUUCCGCCACGAGAUAUGUCCGUCGCUGUUCCGAUGUCGUCUUCGCCUCCCCAGCGAGACUUGGACGACGAACCUUAUGUUCAUGCUCGAUUAGGUGCAGGAAAUAGAGAUUUGUUAACCACAGAUAUGGAAGGAGAGAUGUCCUCUACUAGUAAAACGGUUUCUCGGAAAAAAAAAUAUCGAAGAAGCUAUAUGACAUGCUUUGGGGUGGAUUUGUCCCCAGACAAUAUUGCUGUUGCUAUGGUAUAUUUUGUUCAAGGUGUUUUAGGCCUUUCAAGGCUUGCAGUCAGUUUUUACUUGAAAGACGAUUUGCAUCUAGAUCCUGCAGAGACAGCUGUGAUAUCUGGCUUUUCUUCACUACCCUGGCUUGUUAAACCACUUUAUGGAUUUAUUAGCGAUUCUGUCCCACUUUUUGGCUACCGAAGAAGGUCAUACUUGAUCUUAUCAGGGCUUCUUGGCGCACUUUCAUGGAGUCUAAUGGCCACGCUUGUUGACAGCAAGUAUAGUGCUGCUUUCUGCAUACUUCUUGGGUCUCUUUCGGUUGCCUUCUCGGAUGUUGUUGUUGAUUCCAUGGUUGUAGAAAGGGCUCGUGGUGAAUCCCAAAGCAUGUCAGGGUCUCUUCAAUCCUUAUGUUGGGGAUCCUCAGCUUUUGGUGGAAUUGUGAGUUCAUACUUCAGUGGCUCCCUGGUAGAUGCUUAUGGUGUGAGGUUCGUUUUUGGUGUCACGGCAUUGCUACCACUGAUGACAUCUGCAGUUGCUCUUCUUGUAAAUGAACAGCGUCUGCUAGGUCCAGCAAGGGGACAGAUUUUGGCUGGCCCAAGUUUCCUUGAAAACUCAAAAGAGAGCAUUAUUGAGUUGUGGGAGACUGUCAGGAUGCCCAAUGUUUUCCUUCCCACGAUAUUUAUUUUCCUGUGGCAGGCAACACCACAUUCAGAUUCUGCCAUGUUUUAUUUCACCACAAAUAAACUUGGUUUCACCCCAGAAUUUCUAGGACGUGUCAAGCUUGUUACAUCGGUGGCGUCACUGGUUGGUGUUGGCCUAUAUAAUGGAUUUUUAAAAAAUGUUUCUUUACAAAAGAUUUUUCUUGUAACAACAAUUUCUGGUUCAGCUCUUGGGAUGACUCAGGUUCUACUUGUUACCGGAUUGAACCGGAUGCUUGGUAUAAGUGAUGAAUGGUUUGCAAUUGGAGAUUCUUUGAUCCUAACAGUUCUUUGUCAGGCCUCAUUCAUGCCUGUUCUUGUACUAGCCGCUAAAUUAUGUCCAGAGGGAAUGGAAGCCACACUUUUUGCAACUCUAAUGUCCAUAUCUAAUGGAGGGAGUGUUCUUGGGGGACUAAUAGGUGCUGGUCUGACCCAGCUCUUUGGCGUCACCAAAGACAGAUUUGAUAACUUGACCUUUUUGAUAAUCCUAUGCAACCUUAGCUCGUUGUUGCCUUUACCACUCCUUGGCCUUCUUCCGCAGGAUAAUCUAGAUGCUAAGCCAGAGGAUAGUUCAGAUAUUGAGAUGAAGUCUAAUUGAGUAUAAGUUAUCUGUCGGUAUCUCAUUCAAGGUUCGGUACACCAUCCUUUCAGUGAUUGCCUAUAGAUAAUUGUAGGAUUUUUGGUCCACUGUAGCUCACCAAUAUGAGAUUUCUGUAUAUAUAUAUAUAUAUAUAUUAUAACAUUAACAUGGAAUUUGUCUUUCACACGACAAAAGUAUAAACUCGAGAGGUGCAGCCUUUUAGCUCAAAAACCUGUUGUUGUUGAAUGAGAAUGACGCGAUCUAAGUUUGCUUAUU